AGAGAGCGUAAGGCUGUAACCAUAGUAACGAAACAACUGCUCGGGUUGAGCAACCGAAUCAAUCACUAUACUACCACGUGAUCGAGGAUCGGAUUAGUCACAACGCGGUUUACAUACUCCAGGCUUCCAUUACAGCUGACCAUGCUGACUGGCUUCAUCACUGCAAUACGUGUGGUCACUUACUGCCAGCAUCACUAGUGAUAUCGAGACCUCUGCCUUAAACCGUGUUUCCGGCGAGUAUUAUCUUUGAACACAGGUCUUCUUCCCGUGUGUAUGUUGAGCUUUAAUAGUGUCCCCGCAUCGAUUUCUGCGGACGUGACUACGACCGAAGUUCAAGGGCCAAAAUUGCUUUUGGAAAGUGGUUUGUAAUGAGCCAGUUAUCAAGGUCACUUGUAUCCCAAGAAGUCUCCAGUCAGCGUGAGUUCGUAACUGUUGUAUCAGGAUAUAAAGCUGAACUCAACAUGGCUGAGGAUGACAGCAUCCAUCCGCCAGAGACGGCGACCGAGGAUGAUCAAUUCUAUUUGUCCAUUGCGGCAAUAGUAGCCAGUAAGUCGAAGCUGACGGAAAAAGUUGGCGCGGUCUUGGUAAACGAUAAAAGGAAAAUCGUUGGCUACGGUUAUAACGGAUCGCCACUUAACCAUCCCACUCCUGGACCCAUUGUGGUGGACGCGCACACGAAUGCAAUUAUUUUCGCGACUGCGCCUCUUGAAGGUACUACUAUGUACACAACACACUUUCCGAACGCAGCGGCUGCUGCGCAUGUAGCACAAGCUGAGAUCAAACAAAUUAGAUGUCUCCAUCAUCAACACGGACCGUCCAAUCAGUUGCCUUCUCCAGAUAUCGGCAAAAUACUUAGCAGUAGUCGAGUAUAUUUUGCUAUCGUUCGUCUACAGAAUCAACAUGUUACCAUUAAUUUUGCGGACUUCGGGCGUGUCGAGCCGGAUGAAGUGAUGGCACAACCACAAGAAUAGGAUAUCAAUAAGGCUACGACAAAACAAAGGAAUUAAUGGAAUAAAUAAACGAGACUAUUAAAAACCGCAUAUAAACAGAAGUGGUGCGUAAACGUAGGCAAGAAUUGAUAAGACUAGGCUUUAUUAAUUCUUGAUGUAGGUAAAUUACUUAACGAUACAGUUUUCAUUUAGGAUGGUGAUAUAGGCCUAUGAUAGUACUCCAUUUCACGAAAAACAUGGCACUCUUGAGUUUUGGUUGUUUCGCACACAGAAAAUGAAAUAUUUGAUUAAAAUGGUAUAGUUUUAUCUGAGGAUUAGAUAGUGAGGCAUAUUCUCUACGUUUUUCUCAUAAUCACAAAAUACAGUACUCAAAUCGACACAAACAGAAAAUUCAUAAAACCAAAUCGUCAUUUAUAAAACCAAGUAUAAUCGUCUGGUUGGCCCACUUUUAAUCAAAUAUUUGAUUUUCUGUGCGAAAAAACAAAAACUCGGAGCGCCAUGUUUUUCGUGAAAUGGAGUACUAUUACAGUAGGGUCAUGAACCAUUCAAACAUUCUUAUCAAACUCUCAGGAAACCUCGCGCUCAGAGGCAGCGGUUCUUCAGUUUCAAAUAGUAUUACCUUUUUAUCUCAAGCUCUCAAUAUACCCAGGGACACACUUCAUCUCAAUCCUUGUGCCAUUCAUAAUGUAUACAUGCCUGACGAUGACCUUCGUCGGCGGGCGCGUGCCAUACGUGAGUUCGCCGAGUACAGGGAUGCUAACCCAGCAGAAAGAGAACAAGUCAAUAAUAUACUUCACUUCUUGUGUUUAUUAUAAUAUCAUUAUUUCUCACCUGAUUUCUCCUGUGUGCGGUAUAGGUUUUUAUGUUGUGUGUUUUGUUGUUUUUUGUUUGCACCAUUCUUUGCUUAUGUUCACACCAAUUAUAAUUGUCCUGUGUAUUUAUCUGUGACAUGUCACGAAUAAAGUAUCUAUCUAUCUAUCUAUUAUAGGCCUCUAUCAUCAUCCUAGGUGAAAUAUGUGUUAUAGUACAGCGGUGCGCAUGCUCAGCCCUGUAUAGUGACGUCACAUUUAUGACAGCCAAUGUGAAUUCAGUUAUGCUUACAUGUCGAAUUUGCUAUGGGGUGCUAAAACUUGUAUCGACGUGUAUAAAUAGCUCUUCAUCCAUCACUCGAUCAAUCGAUAUGAAUUCCCUUUGUUUUAAAGUUUAAUAUGAGUUGCAUUUCAUUGAAAAAUAUCCUGAUUUUCCAAUAUUAGCCUAAUGUAAAGGCAGUCAUUUUGUUACCUACACUAUAACAAAAAUAAACCACCAUGAAGCUGUGUUUUCUGAUAUUCACUGAUAAGUGAAACGUAUAAUUGCUUUGUCAGGAUAAAAUCCAUUGCUUUAUCUGGUAUAAUUUUUGCUUAUUUUCAACUUUAUUCAAUGAUAAUGGCGUGAUGUUUUUCAUCAUCUUGACCCUUAAUGUAUUGACAUUGCUGAGCUUUCAGACAAGGCGCGUCAAUGGGGCGGAGGCUACGGGGACAAUGCUGCUGGAAGUUCAGUAUGUUUUUCAUUGGCCACCCAAAUUCUUAAACAUUAAAACAGUAAAACAACUAGUAGUUUCUAUUGCGCGAACUGUGAGUUUAGUACAAAAUAGUAGUGAGACUAACCAUUGAUUAAUGAAAAAUAUCCAUUAAAUUGUUAAGAAUAACUAAAUGUCGAUAAUUAGAGCCACUAUUUUCACAGUCGCUGCUAUAGGAACUAUCAGAGUAGUAAGUAAAAAAUUACUAUGAAAUAGUAAUUAUCAUUAAUCAAUUUCAAGAGUGAUGGAUGGACAUGUAUGGACAUGUACUCUACUUGUGUUUGGAACACAGUUUUUCUAUACGCGUUGUUGUAUUAUGAAUGUUUUUAGGUAAAAUAUUUAAGGACCCCGUAACUCGGUUUAAAUUUGGUCAGCCACGAGACUGAGGACCACGCACAUUGCGUGAGGAGACAACCAAUUAUGUAAUUUCGGGAAUCGAGAAAUAAACUGUUGA